AAGCCCCCUUACCCCGUCUAUUAUAAUUUGUCACGGUAUGAACAGCUGAAGAAGUACCACGAAUAUGCGAAGCAGAUCCCGAAUCAGAAGGAAAAUCUGCCGUAUUUCUUCGUCUUCGACUGGGAACUGGACACGGAUUGGGCCGAAUGUGUCCACAUGUGGCUCAUGGAUCAUUGGCCCCUCUCUUUCGUCUUCGCUGCCCUCUAUCUGAUCCUCGUGUUCUGGGGUCGGCACUGGAUGAGAAACCGGCCGGCCUGGGAGAUGAAGAAAUCCCUGAUCGCUUGGAAUCUUUUCCUCUCCGUCUUCAGCAUUCUUGGCGCUUCUCGAGCCAUACCGGAAUUCUACCACAGCAUUCGAGGGAAUUCCCUCUACUUCUCAAUUCAUCUGCGGCACAACCCGGUGGUAGCAAAUUGGGGGAUCUUCUUCGUGAUCUCAAAGGUGAUUGAGCUGGGAGACACAGCAUUCAUCGUCCUAAGGAAGCAGCGUCUCCUUUUCCUCCAUUGGUACCACCACAUCACGGUGCUCCUAUACGCAUGGUUCUCCUGCGAUCCCCACGGCCCGUUACUUCGUACUCUAAACUACACGACCCAUGCACUCAUGUACCCUUAUUACUUGGCCCGGGCAGCUAAGAUCCGCGUCCCUCGCCACCUUGCCAUGUUCAUCACCCUCUUUCAACUCACUCAGAUGAUCUUCGGCAUGUAUACCAACGCCUACGUCUACUUCGCGAAGAAAGCCGGACUCCAUUGCGAGACUCCGUGGGAAAACAUCUACGUCUCCGCCCUCAUGUACCUUUCCUAUUUCUUGCUCUUCUUAAAUUUCUUCAUCGAUGUCUACAUCAGACACGCCUUUAAGGGCAUGAAGAAUGCUGCGGCGCAGGGCAAGAGCGUUGAUGAGGAACUACACUGGAUGAGAAACCGGCCGGCCUGGGAGAUGAAGAAAUCCCUGAUCGCUUGGAAUCUUUUCCUCUCCGUCUUCAGUAUUCUCGGCGCUUGUCGAUUCAUACCGGAAUUCUUCGACAGCAUUCGAGGGCAUUCCCUCUACUACUCAAUGUGCUUGGGGAAUCAUCUGCGGCACAACCCGGUGGUAUCAAAUUGGGGGAUCUUAUUCGCGAUCUCAAAGGUGAUUGAGCUGGGAGACACGGCAUUCAUCGUGUUCAGGAAGCAGCGCCUCCUUUUCCUCCAUUGGUACCACCACAUCACGGUGCUCCUAUACGCAUGGUUCUCCUGUGCCCAGGCGAUCCCCACAGCCCGGUACUUCGGCACUCUUAACUAUACGACCCAUGCACUCAUGUAUCCCUAUUACCUGGCCCGGGCAGCUAAGAUCCACGUCCCUCGCCGCCUCGCCAUGUUCAUCACCCUCUUUCAACUCACUCAGAUGAUCUUCGGUAUGUAUACCAACGCCUACGUCUACUUCGCGAAGAAAGCCGGACUCCACUGCGAGACUCCGUGGGAAAACAUCUACGUCUCCGCCCUCAUGUACCUUUCCUACUUCUUGCUCUUUUUAAAUUUCUUCAUCCACGCCUAUAUCAGACGCGCCUUUAAGGGCAUGAAGGAUGCUGCGGCCCAGGGCAAGAGCGUCGACGAGGAACUAAUGAAGAAAUCCCUGAUCGCUUGGAAUCUUUUCCUCUCCGUCUUCAGCAUUCUUGGCGCUUCUCGAGCCAUACCGGAAUUCUACCACAGCAUUCGAGGGAAUUCCCUCUACUACUCAAUUCAUCUGCGGCACAACCCGGUGGUAUCAAAUUGGGGGAUCUUAUUCACGAUCUCAAAGGUGAUUGAGCUGGGAGACACGGCAUUCAUCGUGCUCAGAAAGCAGCGUCUCAUAUUCCUUCAUUGGUAUCACCACAUCACGGUGCUCCUAUACGCAUGGUUCUCCUGUGCCCAGGGGAUCCCCACGGCCCGGUACUUCGCUACGCUGAAUAUCACGGCCCAUGCACUCAUGUAUCCAUAUUACCUGACCCGGGCAGCUAAGAUCCGCGUCCCUCGCCGCGUCGCCAUGUUCAUCACCCUCUUUCAACUCACCCAGAUGAUCUUCGGUGUAUACGCCAACGCCUACGCCUACUUUGCUAAGAAGGCCGGACUCCACUGCGAGACUCCGUGGGAAAACAUCUACGUCUCCGCCCUCAUGUACAUUUCCUACUUCUUGCUCUUUUUAAAUUUCUUCAUUCAUGCCUAUAUCAGAAGCUCCUAUAAGGACAUGAAGGAUGCUGCGGCCCAGGGCACGACCGUCGGCAAGGAAUUCAUUCAAUAUCUCAAAAUCAACUAACGGUACUGAAUCUCGAAAUUAUGUUCACACAAGUUGGUCAUCAUAAGGAAAACAAUAGUGUGCGAUGAAGCAUAAAUUGUGGAUGGAAUUUUAUCACUUUCCUGCACCCUGCAUUCGGACUUAUUCUGAGGUAAGCGCGAGAGAGCGUAGAAUAAGAAAUACAUCACCUCAUCCCAAGAAACCUCUAGGAAGCCCGAAGCCCUACCAAAAAAUCCCAUCUAUUUUAAUACUGACGUUUUCGUUCCUCGCGUUUUCUCGGUUCUCUACAAUGUUCCUCACAGAGUCCUCACCAAACAGCAAGUUAUGCAAAGAAGGGAAAUGUGCGGUGAAACAGCCCAUUUGUGCAAUUUGUAAAGCGUGUGCGAGAAUGAUGAAUGUGUUUGCCAUUUCUUUUUUUUAUUCUGCCAAAAAAAAAAAAACACAAGCGAAAUUCGUGAAGAGCUUAAUCAAAGUGUUUCUGACAAUGGCCUGCAUGGCAACGGCAAAGCUGCCCCGAGUUUGCGCUUGUGCGAGCAAGAAAAAAAAAAGGGGGGGGGGGGG